UCUGGGGCAGGUGGUCCAUUUUGCAAAAUAAAUAGAGGGUGGCAAGGGGCAUGCUUUGCAUUCAUAAUUCAGUUUUGGUUGUCAUCUUGGUGAGCACUGAGCAGGAGUGAUGGCUUUUCAUGGUCAAUGGUCUAAGUUUGUACAGAAAGGAACAGGGCCAGGAGCAAGGAGUUCACAUGCAAUAGCCAUAGUAGGAAGGAAGUUGUAUGCCUUUGGAGGUGAAUACAUCCCACGAGUCCCCGUGGACAACAAGCUGUAUGUCUUUGAUCUUGAAGAAGACCAAACAUGGUCUGUCAAUGAGGCCAGUGGGGAUAUCCCUCCACCACGCGUGGGUGUCUCAAUGGCAGCCGUAAAUGACAUUAUCUAUGUAUUUGGUGGUAGGGAUGUUGAACACAAGGAGCUCAAUGAGCUCUACUCCUUUCACACAACCACUAACAAAUGGACCCUUCUUUCUAGUGGAGAAACUGGACCGGUCCACAGAAGCUACCAUUCCACAGCAACUGAUGAUCACCAUAUGUAUAUUUUCGGUGGUUGUGGUUUCUCAGGCCGGUUGAAUGACCUUUGGGCGUAUGAUACCAUUGAUCAGAAAUGGGUGAUGUUCCCACUACCUGGUGGAAAUUGCAAAGGAAGAGGUGGGACUGGGCUUGCUGUGGUGCAAGAUAAAGUUUGGGUUGUGUAUGGAUUUGCGGGGAAAGAGAUGGACGAUGUACACUGCUUUGAUCUCACUCAAAAAAAAUGGGGUGAGGUUGAAACAUCAGGUGAAAAGCCCACGCCCCGAAGUGUGUUUUCUACUGGUGUUGUUGGCAAGGUCAUAUACAUGUAUGGUGGAGAGAUUGACCCUAGUGAUGAGGGUCACAUGGGUGCUGGUAAAUUCUCAGGGGAAUUCUAUGCUUUGGACACACAAACAUUGGUGUGGAACAAAUUGGAGGAUGGCUCCAAUUCAGCUGAUCAUCCCGGUCCACGUGGGUGGUGUGCCUUUGCAGGUGGAAAGAGCAAUGGCAAACAUGGGUUGUUGGUUUAUGGUGGUAAUUCGCCUACCAAUGAUCGACUAGACGAUAUGUUCUUUUUCACCCCGCGUGUAAGUAUUGAAUAACUGGUAAAAGUAGGCUGUAUAAUUACAGUGUAUAUGCUCUACUCUACUUGUAUAGUUUUGUAUGCUGAGUUAUCAGGUGUUGUAUGUAAUGAGUGUGUGCAGGCAUUAGGCAUGAAUCGAGCCUAGGCAGCUAGUCGCCGAGCCUAGCCUGUGAGAUGGUCAGUUCCCAAGUCCCUACCAUGUCAAUAAAUGUCAAGAUAUACUGUGGUGUUUUGUAUAUAAUGUCAUCAUCUAGCUUCUUCUGA